CUAAAUAAAAUAAGAAAAGUGAAUAAAAAAUAAAAAAAACAACAAAUAAUAAAGAAAAACAAGAAAAGAAAACAAAAAUUUAAAGAAUAAAGCUGAAAGAAGGAAAAAAAGAAAAAAAUGGCAGUUUUAUCAAACCUGUGGAUACCGACAAUAAUCCUAAUAUUAACAACAAUUCUAACAGCCUACAUUUACAUGACAAGAAAAUUUAAACACUGGCGAAAAAAGGGAGUCAUUGAAAUGGAACCAAAACCAUUUGUCGGUAAUUUUGGCAAAUGUUUAUUAAUGAAAAUAUCCCCUGGACAAUAUUUUAAAAAAAUGUACGACUACGGCAAAGGCCUGCCGUACAUUGGAAUUUAUUUAUUCGAUCGUCCAACGUUAGUCCUACGCGAUCCAGAAUUGAUAAAACGUAUUUUAAUCAAGGAUUUCAAUUAUUUCGCCGAUCGCUAUUCACGCGCUGCAAUUAAGGAUCAACUUGGGAAUUCAAAUUUGUUUAUGAUCAAAAAUCCCGACUGGAAAACCGUGAGGUCAAAAUUAACGCCAAUAUUCACGUCGGGACGCUUGAAGAAUAUGUUUGUCCUCAUGGAGGAAGUUGGGAAGGAUCUUGAUACUUAUUUGGAGUCGCAAUUAACGCAAGACAAAACAUGUACCUUGGAAAUGAAGGAAGUGUGCGCAAAAUUCACCACCGAUAUGAUUGGUACAACAGCGUAUGGCUUAAAAGUGAACUCCCUCAACAAUCCCGAUGCGGAAUUUCGUAAAUGUGGAAAGGAAAUAUUCACAUUCAGCCUGAGACGUUCCAUUGAAUUCGUAGUGAUGUUCUUCUUUCCCGAUUUAAUUGAUGUUUUUGGCUUUCAAUUAUUUGCCAAAGAAAGUACAAAAUUCUUAAGGAAUGUUUUUUGGGACAUCAUUAACGAACGCAUUAAAUCUGGUCAGAAGAGAAAUGAUCUUAUCGAUCUUCUUGUUGAAUUAAAACGAAGUCAAGAGAAUGAAAAUGCAUCACUUGAUAAAAAUACGUUUAAAUUUGAUGGUGAUAACUUAGUAGCACAAGCUGCAGUCUUUUUUACCGGGGGAUUUGAAACAUCAUCGACAACGAUGUCAUUUGCAUUAUAUGAAUUGGCUGUUAAUACCGAAGUGCAAAAUAAAUUGAGAUUUGAAAUCGAAGAAGCACUACAGGAAAAUGAUGGAAAAAUAACAUACGAAAUGGUGACGACCCUACCGUAUUUGGAUAUGGUCCUAUCGGAAACAAUGCGUUUGUAUCCAAUUCUACCCUAUCUCGACAGAGUUGCUCUGAAGGACUAUAAAAUACCGGAGACAAAUUUGGAAAUUGAGAAAGGAACGGUAAUGCUUGUACCAAUGCUUGGACUACAUUAUGAUGAACAAUACUUUUCCAAUCCGAAUGUCUAUGAUCCUGAACGAUUUUCCGAGGAGAAUAAAAAAUCCCUAACACCCUGUGUCUACAUGCCAUUUGGCGAAGGACCUCACAUAUGCAUUGGUCAACGUCUUGGAUUACUGCAAUCAAAAUUAGGAAUUGUUCAUAUUCUUUCAAAAUAUGAAGUCUCAGUCAAUAAGAAGACACCGAUUCCAGUAAAAUUAGAUCCGAAGGCAUUUUUAACAUCGUCAAUAGGUGGCAUUUACCUCGACUUGAAGAAAAUUUAACAACUAAAAUGAACAAGAAACAUAAAAUAUAUUAAACUAAUUUUUCUGGACAAAACUACUUUAUAAUAACUUAUAUAGUUAAUAUUAGCAAUUUUGUAUUUUUUAAAUUCGAUGUCUGAGUUGAAACAUGAUUUUCAAUUUGACCCCAAAAAACCCAACGAUUAAUGAUUCCGAAGCCAGGCCUCCGAUCGACUUUAAGGCGCAAAAAAAGUCGUUGUAGUCGAUUUAAAAUAGAAAAAAAGUCGUUUUAA